AUGGCACCUCUCAAAGUUCUCAUCUGCGGUGCAGGCGUUGCUGGCCCGGCCCUAGCUUUCUGGCUGAACAGAAUCGGCUGCGCCGUCACGAUAUCUGAACGCUCCCCUGAGCCUCGCUACACGGGCCAACAGAUCGAUGUCCGCGGUCAAGGCGUCACCGUGAUGCGCAAGAUGGGUCUUGAGGCAGCCGUCCGCGCCCACGGCGUCGACGAACCGGGAUUACAGUUCGUUGACGGCAAUGGCAAGCGGAGAGCUUUCUUCGCGGCGAACAAGACCGGCAAGGGAAAGCAGACCAUGACGUCCGAGUUUGAGAUCAUGCGCGGCGACAUGUGUCGCAUCCUAUACGAUGUCACCAAGGACAAAACUAGAUACAUUUACGGUGUUCACAUUAAGUCAUUUGAGCAGCUGCAAGGCGAUGGCAUGGUGCGUGUCGCUUUCUCCGACGGGACCGAAGACACAUUCGACUUGCUGGUCGGCGCGGACGGCCAGAAUUCGACCAUACGUCGAUUACUACUGGGCCCAGAUGUCCCUGAUCCAUUCUAUCCCCUUGGCACGACCCUCGCAUGGGUGACGAUUCCUUCAGAAGAGGGAGACACAAACUUCUUUACCGGAUAUGUUGCUCCCGGGGGGCGAUUCAUUGCGACACGAAAGGAUCGGGAGGACUGUUUACGCGUGUACUUCCUCGUCUCCACUACUGACAUGUCGGAAGACCACCCCUUAAGAGCAUCUGUGAAGAGUGGUAGUGUGACAGACCAAAAGCAGGCUUGGGCUGACUACUUCCAAGACGUGGGCUGGCGGGCUUCUCGGUUCCUUCGAGAAAUAACUGCUUCAUCUAUGGCAGACGACUGGUAUGCUUGUGAACUCGGGCAGGUGAGGAUGGACUCAUGGUCGGAAGGGAGAAUCGUUUUGCUCGGAGAUGCCGCUUUCUGCCCCUCACCGUCUUCCGGUAUGGGAACAGCUUCGGCUCUAGUGGGAGCUUAUGUUCUUGCCGGGGAGAUUGCCCAGCAUUGCGGUCUCAGUGCGGGAGAUGGUGGCUGUAAGAAUUCAUCUUCAGGACGGGUACAGCAAGGCCUGCCUGCCGCCUUGCAAUCCUACGACCAGAAACUCAGACCUUUCAUAACCAAGGUCCAGAAGAUGGCUGAUCAUGGCUAUGGCUCUUCGUUGAUGCCCAAAUCUCGGUUGGGCAUUUCGAUUUUGUAUCUCGUCUUGGGGUUGAUUGAGACAUUGAGAAUUGACAAGCUCAUGAGCAGCCUGGGCUCGGAUGAUGUUAGUGGCUGGGAUCUCCCUGAUUAUGCGGAGCUUGGGAAAGUUUGA